CAGUCACGGCCAGGCCUCAGCCUAUCUGCUGAGGGGAUCCGGGUGCUACGCGGCUGUGCCUGACGGGAGCGCGCCAUCCGGGUCCUUGGAGAGUGGACUGAUUGGAGGCGUGGCGGAGAACUUUGUCCGGGUCCCAGUGUUCCUCCCUGCCCUGCCGCUGUUAGGGAUGCUGAAGCGGGAACUACAUCCGCGGUCGCUGGCCCCUGGGGUAGGAUAGGCGGGGCGGUUCCAUCCGGGGCCUCGGAGCCUGGUCACCGUGGGAAGGAAGAGCGGCUCCAUCCGGGUCUUAGCGAUGCUGUCAUGACAGGAAUCCUACCAGGGCGGGGCUGAGUUCGAGAGGAAUCAGCUGCCUGAGGAGGAACAGAGCCGGCCGCAGCCAGACUGCGGAGCCAGCACCUCUUGCUGCGCCCAGGCACCCGGCCCGGUCGCCGGCUCACGCGCGCAGGCUUUCUGAAACUGUAAGCAAUGGAUGAAGACGCAAACCAAAUGCAGCCCUUGAAUGAGAAGCAGGUGCUGAACUCUGAAGGUGGAUAUGUAUGGCAGGUCACCGAUAUGAAUCGACUCCACCGUUUCUUAUGUUUUGGUUCAGAAGGUGGUACAUACUACAUCAGCGAGCAGAAACUUGGCUUUGAAAAUGCUGAAGUUUUAAUAAGACUGAUUGAAGAUGGUAAAGGUUGUGAUGUGGUACAGGAAAUAAAGACAUUCAGCCUGGAAGGAAGGGCAGCAAAACAGGAGCCCAUGCUUUUUGCUCUUGCAAUUUGUUCACAGUGCUCUGAUGCAAAAACAAAACAAGCAGCAUUUAAGGCUGUUUCUGAAGUCUGCCGCAUACCAACUCAUCUGUUUACUUUCAUCCAGUUUAAAAAGGAUCUGAAGGAGGGCAUGAAGUGUGGCAUGUGGGGCCGUGCCCUUAGAAAAGCUGUUGCAGACUGGUACAAUGGAAAGAAUGGCAUGGCGGUUGCUUUAGCAGUUACAAAAUAUAAACAAAGAAAUGGUUGGUCUCAUAAAGAUCUGCUGAGGUUGUCCCACCUAAAACCUGCCAGUGAAGGACUCGCUGUAGUUACUAAGUAUAUCAGUAAGGGGUGGAAGGAAGUCCAAGAGGCAUAUAAAGACAAGGAAUUUUCUUCUGAGACUGAAAAAUUGUUAAAAUAUCUAGAGGCUGUGGAGAAAGUGAAACGUACGAAAGAUGAAUUGGAAGUUAUUCAUUUGAUAGAAGAGUAUAAGCUAGUUAGGGAGCAUCUCCAGACAAACCAUUUGAAAUCUAAAGAGGUGUGGAAGGCAUUGUUGCAGGAGAUGCCUAUUACAGCAAUGCUGAGGAAUCUAGGAAAGAUGACUGCAAAUUCAGUACUUGAACCAGCAAGCCCAGAAGUAGCAAUAGUGUGUGAAAGACUGAGAAAUGAGAAACUGUUAAAAAAGGCUCGAAUACAUCCAUUCCAUGUUUUGGUUGCAUUAAAAACCUACAAAACAGGACAUGGAAACCAGGGAAAACUUCGGUGGCUUCCUGACAAAGACAUUUUAGACGCUCUUGAUGUCUCUUUUUACAAAACAUUCAAGACAGUGGAACCAACAGGAAAGCGUUUCUUGCUUGCAGUUGAUGUCAGUGGUUCCAUGACACAAAGAGUUUUGGGCAGUGUGCUCAGUGCUAGUACAGUUGCUGCAGCAAUGUGUAUGGUUGUUGCACGCACAGAGAAAGAUUCCAAUAUUGUUGCCUUUUCACAUGAAAUGGUCCCCUGUCCAGUGACGAAAGACAUGACAUUACCUCAAGUAUUAAUGAAAAUGUCUGAAAUUCCAAUGGGUGGCACUGAUUGUUCUCUUCCAAUGAUAUGGGCACAAAAAACACACACAGCUGCUGAUGUCUUUAUUGUGUUCACUGAUAAUGAGACCUUUGCUGGAGAUAUUCAUCCUGCAGUUGCUUUGAAGGAAUACAGGGAGAAAAUGGGUAUUCCAUCUAAACUGAUCGUUUGUGGAAUGGUAUCAAAUGGCUUUACCAUAGCAGACCCAGAUGAUAGAGGCAUGUUGGAUAUAUGUGGCUUUGACUCAGGAGCUCUAGAUGUAAUUCGCAACUUCACUUUGGAUUUGAUUUAAUCUGUGAGCAUCUGCUAUUCACAAUGGAUCCAUUGCUGGCAAGAGACUCUGCCCUGAGAACUCCCAGCCAAAUGUACACAUGAUGCACAUAUCAGAAUGAUACCUUUUUGCAAAGGGAAAAGCAGAUGAGAUAUUACUUUUUUUGUUGUUGUUGCACAUAGUUUAAAAAUAACAAUGGGAAAUCCUUCUAAAUGUUGCUACACAGUUUAUGAUUUAAUUUCAUUUAUAAUAGUUGAAUAAUACUAAGGUUUUCUGUCACUGUACAAUGCCUUUGUCUUCAAUAAUAAAUUGAUUAAUUACUUCUGGUAUUGGGAGUGAGGGCAGGAACCUGAAAUGGUGUUAAUGUUUUUAAAUAGUGUCAGUUUAACAGCAGUUUACUCAAGGUUUUUUUUGUUUUUAAUCUUUGUAUUUGAAAAGAAUAAGAUUCAACCAUUUCCAUUGUUCAGUUUCAGAUCUAUAAAAGAGAAAUUAUUUUCUGGAGUGCACUAGACCAUGUAACUGUGAUGGAGUGUAAAGUUGUCAAAUUUUAUACUGACAAAGUGAAAGCAGAAAUAUGUGAUUAAAUUGUGAUAAUCAGACUUUUUUUGAACAGAUAACUAUCUGGAUCUUCUAAAAUAAAAUAUGUAACUUUUUUGGUAAAUUGAAAGGCAGUUUUUGUACAUUGCAAUUUCAGCAGCACUACUGUAGAAUUUGUAUGCUUUGUAAGAAAUCUGUACAAAUUCUUUUUAGCAAAAGAAAGGAUCCCUGAAGUCAUAAAAUGAAGUCCCAUCCUUCAAAGUAAUAGCUUGCUGAGGUUUCAAGUGCUUUUUUGAUGAGGAAGAUUAACAAGUGCAUCUGAAUUAAUCUAACUCAAGUUUUUGUCAUCAUAUCAAAAAAAAAUAGCUGUUUAUUUCUGUAUUAUCUGCUCAUUCUUUUGAAGAAAUCUUCUCCUCCUAAAAAGCAGAGCACUUUCUGGCAUUUAAUCUGCUUAAAGAUUAACUAUUUCUCUGAUUUUUAAAAAUAAAUUAAAUCCACAGUCUGUUUUCAAAACUACUUCCACUUCAUAGUGACAUUCUUUCAGUGAUCUUUCUGCAUUAUACAGCUUCCCUCUUCACACUCAAAAUCUUACUUGUUUAGCAAUGUAUUGGAAAUGAGAGUUUUAAUCUUCUGUAUGACAAUAAAGAAAGAAGAGGGCAAAAGGCAUAGGGGAGACAGUUAUGUCUACAGAUAACUUCCUGACUCUGUUUUAGAGCAGAAAUUAAUAGUAAUGUGUUUAUAUAAUAUCAAAAGGUCUUUUCAAAAUGUCACAGAUUAAGAACACAAGUUUUAUCUUUAAGGUUUUUAGUAAUACUUUACAUCUUUCCCUAAAUUGUAUGCAUUUGGCUGUCACCGAGUCCUGCUCAAGGUGACCAGACAGCUGUCGUGAAUAAUCGGGACAGGGGUGGGGGAAAUAGGAGCCUAUAUAAGAAAAAGACCCAAAAAUCUGGACUGUCUCUAUAAAAUCAGGAUAUCCGGUCACCCUAGUUCUGCUGUCUGUGGUUAUUUUAAAAGAGUAAUUUGGUGUUUGUUUGAAAAAGAUUGAAGUUAUAAAAUAAGCUAAUUAUAGUAAAUAAUACAUCACACUUCUGUUUCUAUGCUGAAAAUAUGCUUUGAGAUGUAAAGCAGGUCUUCACAUUUGAACAAUGGAUAAACUCUUGAUAUCUCAUUAUUCAAUAUGUGUAAAGUAUAAAGAAAAUAAGUUCAAAGUUAGUGUUUGUAGGAUGGAGAUUUUAGACUCGGAUAAUAUUUAAAAUAUCAGAUGGGUGACGGCAUGCCCCAGGCUUACUGCCUCAGUCAGACUAAUGUCCAAGGUGUCAUACUAUCCAUUUAUGCCCUACUUCAAGGAUUAAUCAGAAUAGUGAAGAAUCCCACUCUGUCAUGAAUUUUACACGGACAGUACAUGAGCUGUUUUUUAAAAUUAUGUUGUUUGAAGAACUGGUGGUAACGGAGUAGUGCCUUUCAGUCAAAGUGAAUGGAACUUCUUGCAGUUAAUUGUUGGUAAGUGUUAGUGCAGUAGUAGAAUAAAGUUUUCAAAAUGUGAGGCUAAUGUUUUUUUCAGGUGACAAUAUCCAGAAGCAACUCCAUUGCUUUCUUUGUAAAAGGAAUUUCAAGAGGCAGCUGCCCCAUCUUGUUUUUUUCCUCGUAACCUAUCAUUUUGGAGUGAGUAAUUCCCUGACAUUUUCAAGCCUCCUGCAAAAGAGGUACAGAGAACGUGGGGAAUAUACUCGAUCAAGAUGUUGUUAGUUAUUUCAAAUAAAGGCACUGGUGAGUUUGUUUUUGUUUUUUAAAUAUAGUAAUUUUUUCUAAAUCACACAAUAGUUGAAUAUUCAAUAAAAUGUUUACUGCUGAGCCAGAAAUGUAAUGAAAACUGGGUAGGUGUUGUAAGUACAGUUUCUUAUUAGGAAGUAAUAAAAGUCUAGUGUUUUAGUAUAAAUAGUACAUGGAUUGGAAAAUUAGGAAGGUGCGUACUUAGAAAAUGUGAAAUGACCUUAUGCAAUUUUGCACAAAGCUAUGAUAAUUAAAAGGAUUUGAUUGGACUAAUGACCAUACUAACAGAUUAACAGUGGAGAAUUACACUAAUACUGAAUCACUGAAAUAAGCCUAGUUGAAAACCUAAAUCCUUGAACUAGAUAAGCAGAGUGAAGGUAAACAUUCAGUACAGUCAAUAGGACAUUAAGUACAUCUGUUAGAGUUGUGUACCACUUCUAGUCAUAUCCUCUCCAUUAUUGAAAAGAUGGAGUAUGAAAUAUGCUCCUAAGUACUUACACUAAUAGGGUAUAAUUUUACAUUCUGACUGGUUUUGUUUGUACUGAUAGGACUAUAUUGUCCCCUAUGUGGGCUGCCUCCCCAAAUGUUUCCAUUAGUGGAUGAGUAGGGUUUGUGCUUUCCUUCCAUGGAAGUGGUAGAGAGAGGAGUCCUUUUCCCCCCAAUAGCAGAUUGAUUGAGAUUUUCAAAGGCCUUAUCUCUGGCAGGAGUCGGGAGACAACACAGAAGGGCUGCUGUCACCUACACCUCCCCCUGAAGGUUUCCAGAGUACAGAGAGGGACAGCUGACAGUUUAACACUGACAAGGUUAGUAUUCGCGUACAUGCUGAAGUCCUGCAAGUUGGGAAGACAUAUUGCCACUCACCUCAUUCUCUUUUAGCAUAUGGUUCUGAACCCUAAGGUUGUUAGCAUAGAGUAUAACAUGACUGUUAUUGUUGUUAUGUUCUUUAGUCAUAAAUCCAGUAAUCCAACAGUUUCUAUCUGCAGAAUGAAUUAAGACAAGAUAAUUUGCAAAUUGGAGUGUGGAUUUGUGUGUGGGUAAGGACUAAUAGUUACAGUAACAUUAAAAAAAAAAAAUGUGUGAGCUAAAGGCAUAAUUGCCAAGCUUUAUUUAGAAUUAAAUUAUUUAUGGUAAAUAUACUGAAUUGCGUUUUCACCAAAGAGGAGAGAUGACCUUAUCAAGUUAAUAUUGUUGUUUGCAUUGGUGGAAUACUUUGUUUCCAUUUGGCUCUAGACAAAAUAUAAUCAGAUAUAAUUGUGCACUAAGAUUUAUUACAGAAAGGGGAAAUUUAAGAGCUAGUUUGAAAUUAAGUUAAGUUUUUCAAAGCAAAUAUGUCCAAAUGUCUGCAAUGGGCAAAAGUCCAGUUAGGGGUGUGAUUUGAUUUCCUGAUACCUGCCUGAAUAAAGAGGCUUUCAAAUCAAUUUACAUUUCACUAGGAACCCACAUGCUAGUUCUAGAUUUUCAUUAGCAUUAUUGAUAGCUACAGAAUACAUAUUGUGGGUUGUUUAAAGAAUGAAAAACACUUAGUAAUAUCUGGGUUUGUAAUAUAAAGUGAUGCUGUGCAAGAGGCUAAUGGGGUUUGGAAGCAUUUCAAAAAUAUCUUAACGUUCUCAGGUGUUAGAAUAACAUCCAGCUAUUGUAUAUAUUUAAGGAUGUAAUGGUGACAGGCUUGAGCUUUGAGAAAGAAAUGGCGGGUGGAGAGAACUGGAAGCAUAA